AUGGCUACUAAGCUUGCAGCUCUUGGCUUUAUUGUCCUCCUGAGCAUUGGGUUUACCGAUGCUUCGAGGAUGCUCGCUAGCUCAUCCAGUGCAUCAGGAGGAGGAGGUGGGGGAGGCGGCGGAGGUGGUAGUGAUGGCGGGAGUGGUUGGGGUUCAGGAGGUGGAAAAGGUGGUGCCUCGGGAUAUGGUGGAACUUUUACAUAUGGGGGUAGCCAGAAUAACUAUGCCCAGGCAGCUGGUGGUGGAGGAGGAGAAGGCGCCGGUGGUGGUUCAAAUGGUGGAGCCGGAUCUGGUUCCGGGUCUGGCUAUGGUUCCGGCACUGGUGCGAGUGGUUCGGCAUCAGCCCCUACCGGGAAUGGGUAUGCCCAUGCUAAUGGUAAUGGUGGGGGUGAAGGCCAAGGUGCUGGUGCCGAUGGAACUAGCGGAAAAGGGUCGGGGGAGGGCGGCGGUCAAGGAAGUGGUGAGAGUGGCGUAGCGCUAGCACCGGCUCCUGGUGCUGCUGGUGUCAGCUACUCUGAUGCGGGCGGCAGUGGUACCGGUGGUGGCGGUGGAGACAAUGGAAAUGGAGGUGGCAAAGGAGGCCGGAGCUGGGCAGGCCUCCAGCGACGAGACUUCUGGAGGCAGCGCCAGUGGACAGGGUAG